CUCUUGACGCGACUUCAAUUGAAGCGCAAGUGGUUAUCCAUCUGGGUCAUCGUCACACAACAAGUCGAUCCUCUUCUUUAACACGCAGGGUAUUUUUCAGCGGUUUCCCUUUCAAAUUUUCCUUCGUUAUUCUACAUAUGCAUCUCGAGUCUUUUCCCUGAACCCUGACCUGGGAUCAUCCCUCCGCCGAAUUACCACAAAUCUGCCAACACGUGUACUGCAUCAACGCAAGUUUGCCCAAAUCUGGUCCACCCAGGAAUCAAGUCUCGGACCGGGUUACACAAACAGAUCUUGUCUCGUCUUGAAUAUCCAUCGACAUAAUUAUCUUUGAGUCCUUUCGAAGUCUCGUAUUGUUGACUUUUCUCUUGGACGCGAGCGACAAACGACCAACAGCUACCACACCACCAUGCCCGUUUCCAAAGGCACAAAACGGAGCGCCUCGCGCGUUGACAACAGCGGAGACGAAGGCGCCCCGGUUGUUCUCAAGUCCUUCAAGAAGUCCAAGACGGCCGCGACCUCUCCCAGCAGUGGUCAUGAUAAGGAAGGGAACCCAUACUGGGAGCUCUCCAACAAGCGCCGCAUCGGAGUCUCCAAGUUCAGAGACAUGACCAUGAUCAACAUUCGCGAAUUCUGGGAGAAAGAUGGAGAGAUGCUGCCAGGCAAGAAGGGCAUCUCUCUCUCGCUGCAACAAUACGAAAACCUACUCAAGUUCGUGCCGGAAAUCAACGCUCAUCUUCGCCAAAUGGGCCACGACGUGGAGGACUCGGAGGACGCGGGAGGCGUGUCUACAUCGGGCGAUGGCGAGCCGAAGCCUCCCAAGAAGUCGAAGCAAAAAACCAAAAAGUCCAAUAUCGAGGCGACGAGUGACGAGGAAGAGGAAGAGGAGGAGUGAAUGCGAUACGCCAAAACGACUAUCAUGACACGGGACUGUGGACUGGGGACUGGGGACAGGAGAGGGGUCCUGGAGACCAUUCAGACUGGAGGGCAAGGCUAAUUGAUACUGGCUUAAUAUUGACCAUCUUGGGGUUGCUGGCGCUAGGGUUGGGGGGUUUUGUUUUCUUCAUGUCUUUUCCCACCUGGCUUUCCGGAAAUCCUUCAUGUAGUAAUCAAGGGACGAUGCUGGCCUUUCGAUAAAGAUGACUUGGUACUCUGUACCUUGUGUUUCCGUAGUAAUUACUUUGUAUCCCGUGUGUACC